GCCAUUGGAAGGCCGAAUGUCCGCUCAAGAAUCAGGGAAGUGCCAACUCGACCGAAGCUCAAUCGACUGCCCCGACCUCCACUGUGAUCACCACCAACAGUGGCGGCAGCUUACCUCUCGAGACUGAGGGAUGCCAAGCGAGUCCAAAUGACGUCCAACUGAGAAACACCGUGAAAGCCAGGUCUGUAGAUGAUGUGCCCGUCGUGCAAAGAACUGACAAGGUCAUGCCCAGAGCAGUAGUUCCAGACGAGUCAGAGGAAGUGUACAAUCAGAAAGCCAACAUGUCCGAAGCUUUGCAACGGAUUGAAAACAAAGAGACAUGUCAUGAGGCACAGGUUCACAGGAGAUCAGCCAUGUCUCUCCUGAGCCGACUGAAAGCCCUGCAGACAGAAGUGGAAGUGCCACUCCCCGACCUGUCCCAUCUGACUUUGACCGACCUGAAGUCAGAAGUUGUGAGCUUCGGAUCGAAGCACCAGGGCGACUCAUACGAGAAAGCAUGGGAAGAUCAAAGCUGGAUCAAUUUCAUGGUGGCCAAGUACGGAAACAGCAAGGUGCUCAGUCAUCGACGCCUUCUCCGAUUUGUGGAGCUGAUGAUAGAGCAUCACGAGCAGAUGAAUGCCCAGGUUCCAGUCCUUCCACCACCCGAGUCACUGGCAGGAAGCUACACCGUGAUCAGCGAGACUUCUGGACACAGAUCCAUCCGAGCAAAGGCCAAAGCAAUGCACAUUGCUCCAUCUGGGGCAUCCAUGGAUCUCCCGCUGGACGUCGAAGAGGAACAAGCCUUCGAGAUGUACAACCAGGGGACUACGGAGGCCACACCGUAUGCACAGGACCCGAAUGUCAUAGCCCUCCAGGAACGCAUGCUCCACAUGGAAAAUGCCCUGGGCCGAGUGAUCAAGCACUUGGAGGAGCAGGCCGAGAAGAAUACCCAAAAGGAAAGUGACGAGACCGGAGUGAAGCGUCGAAGAAUAGAAGGUAAACAAGGAAAGCUCUAUCGCAGUGCUCCAGAAAAUGUGCGGUUGGCACUCCCAGAAGAAGGAGAGCCUGAUGGCCCUGAUCUGCCGGAGGACAUGACACAAAUUCAACAACAGAUCAACCGUAGCUAUCAGAAUCCUGAAGCCAUGCAAUCGAUUCCAGAACAUGAACCCAUAGAAACACCUAUCGUCGCCUUUCCACUGGAAGUCCCAUCAGGUGGUCAACAAACCACAGCAUCCGAGCAAGAUCAACAUGACAGCAGUGCCAGCGAAUCUCUACAACAGCCGGACCAAGAACCUGAAGCCCUAAGUAGGGAGAUCACUCAAAGUCCCGAUGAAUCAACACCACAGUCUCCGACAGAUCCAGCCGACAGUUUUCUCACCUGUUCGGAAGAAGAAUGCGCAUUGGCCAGUAGCGAUGACCAUCCACUCGCUUGGAGGUGUGAAUAUGACCUAUCAAUUCCGAAUGAAUAUGCUAAGGAGUCACCAAACCCCAUGGAAGCAUGGAUUCUCCUAGCAACCAAUGCCAAGAAACAAAGAACGGAAGUGCGAUUGUCAGAACUCACACCCAGUGAGAAGGAGGAAUUCAGAGCUGCCAAGCAGGUUCACCAACCAAAGCACCACUUAGCUGUGACUCAAGGAGCAUUUGGCUCAGGGCAGCUUAAGGGAAGUGCCAACUCGACCGAAGCUCAAUCGACUGCCCCGACCUCCACUGUGAUCACCACCAACAGUGGCGGCAGCUUACCUCUCGAGACUGAGGGAUGCCAAGCGAGUCCAAAUGACGUCCAACUGAGAAACACCGUGAAAGCCAGGUCUGUAGAUGAUGUGCCCGUCGUGCAAAGAACUGACAAGGUCAUGCCCAGAGCAGUAGUUCCAGACGAGUCAGAGGAAGUGUACAAUCAGAAAGCCAACAUGUCCGAAGCUUUGCAACGGAUUGAAAACAAAGAGACAUGUCAUGAGGCACAGGUUCACAGGAGAUCAGCCAUGUCUCUCCUGAGCCGACUGAAAGCCCUGCAGACAGAAGUGGAAGUGCCACUCCCCGACCUGUCCCAUCUGACUUUGACCGACCUGAAGUCAGAAGUUGUGAGCUUCGGAUCGAAGCACCAGGGCGACUCAUACGAGAAAGCAUGGGAAGAUCAAAGCUGGAUCAAUUUCAUGGUGGCCAAGUACGGAAACAGCAAGGUGCUCAGUCAUCGACGCCUUCUCCGAUUUGUGGAGCUGAUGAUAGAGCAUCACGAGCAGAUGAAUGCCCAGGUUCCAGUCCUUCCACCACCCGAGUCACUGGCAGGAAGCUACACCGUGAUCAGCGAGACUUCUGGACACAGAUCCAUCCGAGCAAAGGCCAAAGCAAUGCACAUUGCUCCAUCUGGGGCAUCCAUGGAUCUCCCGCUGGACGUCGAAGAGGAACAAGCCUUCGAGAUGUACAACCAGGGGACUACGGAGGCCACACCGUAUGCACAGGACCCGAAUGUCAUAGCCCUCCAGGAACGCAUGCUCCACAUGGAAAAUGCCCUGGGCCGAGUGAUCAAGCACUUGGAGGAGCAGGCCGAGAAGAAUACCCAAAAGGAAAGUGACGAGACCGGAGUGAAGCGUCGAAGAAUAGAAGGUAAACAAGGAAAGCUCUAUCGCAGUGCUCCAGAAAAUGUGCGGUUGGCACUCCCAGAAGAAGGAGAGCCUGAUGGCCCUGAUCUGCCGGAGGACAUGACACAAAUUCAACAACAGAUCAACCGUAGCUAUCAGAAUCCUGAAGCCAUGCAAUCGAUUCCAGAACAUGAACCCAUAGAAACACCUAUCGUCGCCUUUCCACUGGAAGUCCCAUCAGGUGGUCAACAAACCACAGCAUCCGAGCAAGAUCAACAUGACAGCAGUGCCAGCGAAUCUCUACAACAGCCGGACCAAGAACCUGAAGCCCUAAGUAGGGAGAUCACUCAAAGUCCCGAUGAAUCAACACCACAGUCUCCGACAGAUCCAGCCGACAGUUUUCUCACCUGUUCGGAAGAAGAAUGCGCAUUGGCCAGUAGCGAUGACCAUCCACUCGCUUGGAGGUGUGAAUAUGACCUAUCAAUUCCGAAUGAAUAUGCUAAGGAGUCACCAAACCCCAUGGAAGCAUGGAUUCUCCUAGCAACCAAUGCCAAGAAACAAAGAACGGAAGUGCGAUUGUCAGAACUCACACCCAGUGAGAAGGAGGAAUUCAGAGCUGCCAAGCAGGUUCACCAACCAAAGCACCACUUAGCUGUGACUCAAGGAGCAUUUGGCUCAGGGCAGCUUAAGGCGAGGGCUGGGUGG